AUGUCUAUCGGUGUUCCAAUCAAAGUGUUGCACGAAGCGGAGGGGCAUAUCGUCACAUGCGAAACGAUUGAUGGCGAAGUUUAUCGCGGUAAGCUCAUUGAAGCUGAAGACAACAUGAAUUGUCAGGUAUCGCAUGUGACAGUUACGUAUAGAGAUGGACGUGUUGCCCAGAUGGAGAAUGUGUAUGUGAGAGGAUCAAAAGUGCGUUUCAUUAUACUACCUGACAUGCUGCGGAAUGCUCCUAUGUUUAAAAGUAAAAUGACUAUGGGCGGAGCAGCAGGACGUGGGAAGAGUGGAAUGAUACGGUCAUCGGUUGGACGAGGUAGGGGACGUGGCGGUCCUCCUAUGGGUCGUGGAGGACCACCCAUGGGACGCGGCGGUCCUCCAGCAGCAGGAUCAUGGAACCAAAGACGUUAA